UUCUUCCAUUUUCCAUUUGACGGCCGAGCGAGACGAAGACAAGUUGACUUCUCCUUUUAUGCACUUCUCAUUUCUCGCUGCUUCCAAGACUUCAUUUAGUUGCGCUCCGAAUGGAUCCUUUUACGGAGAAACUGUUGGAGCGGACUCGUGCUCGCAGAGAAAACCUCCAGAAAAAACUAGCCGAGCGACCAAAUGCAGCAAAGGUGGUGAAAAGAGGCAGAGAGCCUCUGAUUGACAACAACGCUGUGAUUGGUCAGCCAGUCGCUCCCAAAGCGGCCUCCACGAAACCUUCUCCGUCCAAGCGCAGGUGCUCAGCGGAGAAUGUCAAGCCGGCGGCGCCAGAGCAGGAUGGGGGCGUGGCCUCUGCGCUCCAAGACCAUCCGCCCUCGGACCGCAAGCCUCCACCUGUGCCCACAGGUGAGCCAGCAGGGAGGAAGGAGGAGACUCCGGGUGUGGAGUCUGACAAGACGGCGAAGCUUCCUCAAAGUCCAAAGAGCAGCGAGGAACCAGAAGAAGACUCUGUUGCCGCUGGCAUGAAGUCUCGUCUGCAGAGGCUUGCUGAGCAGAGGAAGGGCUGGGACGGCAAUAACGGUGUUCCGAGCGACUGUACACCUGUGUCUUUGCUGAGGAGAGAAGACCACGUCCCGGUGUCCUCGUCAUCGGAAGGUCCAGUCGGUCGACGAGGCAGACUGGCUCACCUGGCGGCCACCAUUGGAUCCUGGGAAGAUGACCUGAGCCAUGCCAACCUUCCCAAAGACAACGUUCCUGCAAAGUCCACCGCAGUUUGUGCUGCUCAGUUGAGCUCGAAGGACGCAGGUUUGUCUAAAGGAAGCAUGGCAAGUCAUGUGACCACUGCACCUGCCAGCAAGUCUUCAGGUCAUGUGACCACUGCACCUGCCAGCAAGUCUUCAGGUCAGGUGACCACUGCACCUGCCAGCAAGUCUUCAGGUCAGGUGACCACUGCACCUGCCAGCAAGUCUUCAGGUCAGGUGACCACUGGACUUGUCAGCAAGUCUUCGGGUCAUGUGACCACUGCACCUGCCAGCAAGUCUUCAGGUCAGGUGACCACUGGACUUGUCAACAAGUCUUCGGGUCAUGUGACCACUGCACCUGUCAGCAAGUCUUCAGGUCAGGUGACCACUGCACCUGCCAGCAUGUCUUCGGGUCAUGUGACCACUGCACCUGCCAGCAAGUCUUCGCUCGUCUCAAAUCAGCUUUCACCUUCCUUCACAAAGUCCAACCAAGGGGUUCCUCCAAGCCCCCAGAAGGUGGACCCUCGUCCAGUGACGAGCCCCCUAAAGACUGUGCCGCCGUCUUCAAGAUCAGUGUCUUCGAGCCCUUUGAAAAGCACACCUGUGGCCACAGCUUCCAUUUUAGCCUGCAGUCCUCAGAAACUACAAGUAUGUGCUAAAGCCAACACGCCAAAGUCUGCUGCUCCUGGUGUGAAGUCUUUCCUCGAACGAUUUGAAGAGCGAUGCCAAGAGCGCACCAACCCGUGUUCUCCAGCAGUGGGCGCCUCCCAGACGGCCACCCCCAAGAGUGGACUCGGGCUCAGGAACGUCCAGUCAGCAAAAACCACAACAGCUGAUCUCGUCCAGAAACAAAAACUGGAGCGGGAGUCUGAACUGGCUCAGAUUCACACGCGUGUCCAAGGGAACAAUAUGUGGAAAAGUGCAGAGAGCAAGGGCCAUGGUGGCAAAGCAGAGGAGAGGGACACUUGUGAGCCAAAAGUUCAACCAAAACCAAAUUGCACUGAGAUCAUCUCGCCAGUAGCAGCUUGUGGAUUGCUGGAACCUACCCCAACCUCCACAUGCAUACCACUGGAGGAGGAGGUGGACGAAAGCAGCAAAGAGGAUGAAGGCAAGGAGAUAGAGAUGAAUGUCGAUCACUCCGCAGUGAUCGACCAUCUUUUUGACGGACUUCACGACGAAGAGGAGGAUGAGGAAGAAGAUGCCUUGAAUAUCUCUUCCAUGUCGCUUCUCACGCCGCUCGCAGAAAGUGUCGCCGCAGUGUACAGUCCGGACAGGAGCAUGAGAACUUCAACUCCAGCUCAUUCAUUCAUUGUGAAGAAUGUGACUCCAGACAAGCCUGGCCAGCAGAGUCCAUUCCAGAGAAGCAACAAAAGAAAGAGCAGCUCGUCUGGCAGUGUCGACGCCUCAGAGGACGAUCAUAAGUUACCUUACAGCAUUGAUGCCUACAGGUCUAUUCGAGUGAAGGAGACUGGAAGAGUUACCGGUAAAGAUGGGAUGGUGAGAAAAGAGGACGCUUCUGGCAGAGCAGAGGAAGUGCGAGGCGGCAGCCUGUUUAGCAUCAAACAGAAGAUAAAGCUGCUCACAAAUGAGAUGAACCUGCAGCAGACCAUCAUCCAUCAGGCCAGUCAGGCACUCAACUGCUGCACGGAUGAAGAACACGGCAAAGGAUCGCAAGUGGAAGCUGAGGCAGAAAGACUCUUGAUCGUAGCAACCAAAAAGAGGGAGGUGCUGAAGACAGAGUUACAGUGUCUGAAGGGGGAGAACCCAGCAGGCCAGAAGAAAAACCUCCCGCCUCUCCAGCCCGCUGGCAUCUCAGCCUCCAAGGGCUCCAUCACGCUGCAGGAACUCCGCUUGCCUCUCAAGGCUGACUUUGUCUGUGCUAUUGCCAAUAAGCCAGAAUCGGUGAAAUAUUCUUUCUUCAUCAUGAUUGGAUGUGGAGCAGAAAAGACGGUAGCCACGCCCCUUGUGAGCACACACCGUGGUCUUAGUGGCGACACCUUCACCUUCCCUACCAAGUUCACCAUGUCUGACGUCUGCAGUGAUUUUUGCAUUGACAUUGACAUCUAUUACCUGGUUCAAAAAGUGGAGAUGAGUGGUGACAAGAAAAAGAAAAGCAGCAAGUCAAAGGCAAUAACCCCAAAGAGAUUUCUGGCCAUCACAAAAAGCAGCCAAACACCAGUUGUUGCCAGUCCAGGAGGUCCUAACGCCGUUCGAAGCAGCAACUUUGUCCUGGUUGGAUCUCACAAGCUCACACUUUCUUCCAUUGGGAAGAGCAAGUUUCCCUUAGAGAAGGUGCCGUUCUUGUGUCCUCUGGAAGGACACGUCUACCUGAAGAUGCAGUGUGAGGUUGGAUGCAACGUGGAGGAAAAGGGCUUCCUGACAAUGUUUGAGGACGUUAGCGGUUUUGGAGCCUGGCACAGAAGAUGGUGCGUCUUGUCAGGGUACUGCAUCUCCUACUGGACGUACCCCGAUGAUGAAAAGCGCAAGAAUCCUAUUGGUCGAAUCAACCUGGUCAACUGCAGCAGUAAGAAGGUGGAAGCUGCCAAGCGAGAGUUCUGUGCUCGACCCAACACCCUUGAACUCACCACAGCUAGACCUCAGAGAGAAGACGACAAGGAGACUCUCGUCAGCCAGUGUACCAACACCAUGUGUGUCACCACAAACUGGCUGAGUGCAGACACCAAAGCUGAGAGGAAUUCCUGGAUGAAGAACAUCAAUCAGGUUCUAGUAGAUCUGCGCAUGUGGCGACCAGAUGCUUGUUAUGCUGGCGUGUGACAUUACUGUAAAUAAAAGCAAGGUAUGCAA